UUCAAAUGUUUGAGUACAAUAUCGCUCAAAGUACAAAUAUGUAGAAUAUCUUGAAGUUAAACUCGUGGACCAAGACUUUUGGGGUCUUUGUCGCUGUCAGUACUUUAUUCUCUGCAUAGGAACGUCGGAACUAGGAACGAACUAGGAACGUCGAAAAGAAAGGAAUUCAGUAAUCGUUCAUUUACUGGAAUGGCAUCUAAAGACACAAGUAAAGUAGCAAAAGGCCUCGGUAAAGACCCUUCACUGUGCAGACUUGGUCAACGUAUGAUCAGCACGAUGCUCAAAGAAGAACGAAUCGCAGAGAGGGACCUGCAGGAAAAACUCAAAGCAAUUUCUGCGAAGGAGCACAAAUCAAUGGUUAAACUUGGCUGCGAUUCACUGGAGGUUCGCCAUGACUUGACUCGACAGAGAUCGAGUUCUCCAGUACCCGGAGGAGAUGUUCUGGAUAUCUUGAGCAAUAAAGGAAAAGAAAGUCCAGUUGAUUCAGAUAAUAAUCCUACACGCCCUGGCCUGCAGGGUCGGCGGGCAAUAAGCAUGUUAGACUACUCGUACAAACAGGAACAGGUUUCGGUAGUGACCGGCGAAUAUGGACGCGUUUAUCGGGUUAAAAGCGAGAAGACACGGAGUAGUGUUUUGAAAUCCUCCUCUCAGACAAACCCAACAAUAAACGUCGAAAAUCAUGUUGAGCACUCACUGGAGGAAAGUAAGGGAAAGACUCUUGAUGACAAAACUAGUUUUACAGAAAAUGGCAUGAAAAGUGCUUUGAAUAACACAAGUUUGCAGCUCAUUAAUUCUUCGUGUGAUGGGAACACUUCUCCGGCUACUUCGCCGAGAUUUCUGAGAAGAAGACCUGUUUCCGACAUUAGUUCUUCAUCAUUCAGUGAAGUUUGUGGUUCAUCUGAAGUAGAUGAAGUAAUUGUCGAGAAAAUUGUGUUAGAAAAGGGAUUUUUGGCGACAAUACCACAGAAACCCACUACCCCUCCCCUGAGGGGAACACAAGGACCCUCUACCACUCCCACGAGGGUGCCGUGGAGCCCUUCUACCCCGCCCCCUGCAAGAAGAGCUCAAACCACUUUGUCUGCAGACUUCAGUCAAAAACAAAGGCCUUCGUCGGCUCGAAUGGUAAGAUCAAAAUCUCCAGCUUCAGUUGGGGCUACACUAGAAACUAUGAGGGGUAGGGACAGGAUACGAUUGGAUUUGCCUCAAGGUUCGGCUCCUACAAGAAGCCGUUCCCCCUCCCCCUCCCCCUCCCCCUCCCCCUCGCGCCUCUCUCCUGAGCCUCUCAGCUAUAACCUUGGUCGCAGGGGGUCUGGUCCUCCCAGGAUUAACGUCAACAGUCUACCACCUUCUUCUCCUCUACGAAAGGGACUAGGCAUGAGUGACGUCACUCAGAGUCUUGCCCCGAUUUCCCCUGAUGCUUUGCGACGACAGCUGUCSGCAAAUGAGGAAGAUCUGCAGGACAGAGUGCAAGGGUUUUUGAAAACACUGGGGAAGAAGUAG